GUUCUCAACACCUCCACCACCUCUCAUCCUUUGUCCAUGAACCUUUACUUGCCACCGACCCUCUUUCUCCCGACAACAACUCUCUGCAGCCCCAUUGUUAUUGUCAACAUUCAGCCUUUGCAUCCUGCCCAAGCCUUCCACUGUCCUCCACAUGGUUUGGUUGUAAAGUCAAUCUCUCCAGCGUCUUAACAUUUACUGUCCGACUUUCAGUGCCAUUAAACCUUCUCAGUGAUCAACCGAUCUUUCACCUUGAUGCGUAACCCUGUCAUCCAAACAGAAAUCGCACACAUUGCCUCUCUUGGGACCCAACCCCUCCGAGACCUUUCCCUUACUCUUUCCAUCUGAUGACAUUGGCUGCCAAACAAUCAGGAUAAGAUAUUACGGUUCCUACAGCUCCUGCCUUAGGCUGGCCUUCAUCCCAGCGCCUCCACCACAAUCACAACAUCAACACCAUUAGCACCGUGUUAUCCUGCGUCGGCCCGCCAAAUCACAACGGCACCCCGAAAAUCAGGAUACCCUGAAAUCUCGGAGAUUGUCGUCAGCCCAUCCUCGAAACUGAAGUGCCGGUACCCUUGCGUACACUUCCAGCUAUCGGGGCUGUGGUGAAACGUAUCCCCUGUGGCGGCCAUGAAUGGAAUGUAUGACCAUGGCAUCAAUAUGCCAGAACAGCCGUAUCCCAAUAUGAUGGAGCAGAGUUACCCCAUCUACGAUGGCGGUUUCAACGCUCCAUACCCCCGCCUUUCCGGCCCUGCCACUCACUUCGAUGGCGUCGCUUUUUGGUAUAAUCCAACCAACAAUGAUCAAAUGUACGAGCGAGAUCCGAACAUCUUUGCAAGUCGAGGUGCCAUCACCCCAAAUGCCAUGGACUCUGCAUCUAUCAAACAUCGAAGGACCCGGAGCGGCUGUUUUACCUGCCGGAGUCGGCGAGUCAAGUGCGAUGAGACAAGACCCAUAUGUGAUAGAUGUAAAAAGGGUGGCCGUGAAUGUGAAUUCCCUCAGACAAACUCGUCUUCGAAACGUUCACGACAAGGCGAAGGUCGAAGCCCCAAAGACCAACAGGGGAAGCACGAAGCUAAAUCGGAGCGAAAUUCAAAUCUGGAAACUAUCAAGGACGAAAGCGAGGAAGAGGAAGACACCGACUUUGCAUCAACCACCGACCGAGUCCGCCCUUCUCUUGGCCCCCUACGUACAGACAGUACUCCCUCAACAAGCUCGAUUCCUGCCUCAAAACGAAGCGAAGCAUCCACGGCAGUGCGAGAUCACAUCAGUCCCCAAUCACCCGACCUCUCUGACGCACGUUCAAGAGACGAAACUCCAGCUUCAUCCAUGGGGACCGCCGCUAACACCGCAGAGGUCCAGGCAAGGCAGGCCAAGAUCAGAGCGCUCAAACCCGACAUUCAAAAGUAUCUUCGGUUCCAGCAAGAGUAUAUGAACAACUACCACUAUUUCUAUAAAUUGGACCCCACAGACUUCCUCCACGGCGAACUCAUCGAUCUCGCGCUUGGCUUCGAGCCACUUUUGUACGCCAUUGUGGGCUUCGCCGCAUACCAUUACGAGCUUCGACAGAAGAAUCCCAAACUGUCUCAUUUCCUGGGCUACCACAGCACUUCCAUGUCCAUGCUCCGCAAGUCCCUUGAGCAGAAUGCCAAGGUUACCGAGGCCACUAUCUUCACCAUCUUGCAGUUGGCAACCUUUGAAGAAUAUAUUGGUGACUGGGUCAACCUCGUUGGCCAUCAUCGUGCCGCGUUUACAAUGCUUCACGAGAUGUACACCCCCGACACUAUCAACGAUACGGAGCUCGGGAGACGCUUAUUCAGUUGGUAUGCUCGCCUCGAUGUCGUGGUGGGCUUAAUGGCCGGAAAUGAGACCAGGCUGGAACGCAGAUGGUUCGAAACUAACGGCGAAUGGUAUCGAAAACAGAUGGUCGAAGGCGCUGGCACAGAUCUUGAUCUCGAAAACACUCUGGCAUAUUUUGUCACGGAGAACAGACUGUUAGGUAUGGACAUGGCCGCACUCUACGCAAGACUCCCCAAGCGAGAGAUCAGCGUCGAAGAAUUCCACACCGAAAAUGCCAAAUUAGAAGCCCGCCUCGGGGAGAUGAAGCGAAUGAUCGAGGCCAAGAAUGACGCAUCCUACCGAGUCCAAGAAUUCCCCAUGGAGCGCAAACUUCCGCUGACUGAGGCUGACAUUGUCAAUCCAUAUGUUCCAGGAGGGCUGUUCACUGGAGCACUUUGGCCGCUGAACCACAUGUGGCUGGACUGGUAUGGGAUCGAAUUGAUGCAAAAAUACCAAAUAGCCUUGAUGUUCCAAAAGCCAAUUUUAGACGAGCUGGAGCAGUUGAGCCUGGAAGUCUGUCGCAUUUACGAGGCGAUCGAGCGAUGGCCUGAUGCACCCAACGACAGCACUCUUGCCGCACACGCUACCCUAGGCCUCGCACUGGUGCUGUUGCGCAAAGACAAGAGACACAUUAUGUGGGCCCGUAAGAAGCUCGCCGGAAUCGAGCGCAUGGGUUACAUCUACCCAUAUACGUUCCGACGGAAAAUGGCCGAGCUCUGGGGCCUGACUAAUGAUGAGGUUGGCGAGGUGGAAUCAGUGGAAUCCUGGUGGUUGCCAAACAAUGAGGGAAACAUCCCCAUCUUGACAGAAAUGCGCAGGGUUGUCAAUGAACGCCAUGAAGCCGAUGGUCAGGGUAUGGAGUCCCUCACCAGUAUCCGUGAUGUCAAAUCCAUUUUUGCUAGACUCGACAUCCGCAGUCAACGUACUCAAAAGUCGAGCGCAAGUGCCGAGGGCAUCAGCCCACGCAGCGACAUUAGCGGCGGUGGUCAGAGUGAUAGAGGCAGCAGUACGUCAAGUUUCAGUCCAACAAAUCCUAGUUUUGGCGAUACGCGCAUUGGUGGGGGAGGAGCUGGAGCAAGCGGUGGCGGGAGUAUCGCCAGUAUGAAUCAAGAGACCGGAUCAAGAUGGAAGCCAAAGCGAGCGAAUUCUGGCUCAUGAUGGUUGCAACAGAGUUCGGUAUUCUCUUCCACCCAGAUCAUUUUUCCUCACCGCGAUCAGCAACUCAAUUCUAGCCUGUUGGCACUCAGUCAGCACGCUCUAACCGAACGACUGACCAUGAUAACCCCUGGUAUAAAAAAAUACCAUCAACGAGCUAUCGAGCUAUCCCAAAUUGGUCACCAUUGUUUCCCGAGAAAACAUGAGAUUCUAUGAAUAGGGACGUCUUACGACGGACGAAUCAUGAAUCCAACGACACUGUCAACACUCGUCUCCAUGACAGAUUUACGGACAAGGGACUGUAAGUCUACUUCUUACGUGAGAUAUCCUGAUGGAUUCACUCGAAUAAAAUUUUCACCAUUCAAGUCAGCGCAUUGUCCAGGGACCAGCGCGACGAUCCAAUUCUACAACCUGCUAUUACCUCGCCAGGCAGCGAUUUGGAAAGAAUUUUUCGAAUAUGGACAAGCAUGGGUGUGGCUUCUCCUUUCUAUUCUAGCGUUUCAUAUGUCAUCAAAACAAAAGCAUGAGUCUGUUUUUUCCUUCUACCAUGGCCAUGUUUAUCAUGUUUCGCCAACGGACCUUGAAGGGACUCUGGAAAAUAACAGCCAACGGAACAGACGUAGGCAGGCAGAUAGAUAUGGGUUUCUGAAACCAAAAAUUCCAUGGAAUAUUCCCAUGGACCUUUCA